AUGGCCUUCGGGGGGCCUGAACUAUGGGUCCCUACAUCCCUGCUGAGCCAGAGGCUGAAGACCGAGGAGAAAACACUGGACCUGGAGUUUGAGGUCUUGAGUGGGUUUAAUGAGGAGGGCAGAAACGCCCUGCGGCUGUCAGCUGAGAACCCCCUCUAGGCCGGCUCUGGGGCUGGGGUGCGGUUGCAGGUGAAUGAUGGGGACCCCCUCCCUGCCUGCUCUGCUGUCACUGAUGAUGAGCAGCAAGACCCUCGCCAGAGCCUCACCCUCACCAGGAGCAAGUUUGUCUUUACUCUGCCUAAAGGGUUCUGCAAGAAUGACGGACAGCACGUCGCGUGGCUGCGCGUGGAGACGCUGAGGCUGGGCGGGGCCUCAGGAGGGGCCGCCGGGCGCGUGCUGGGGGAGGCCAUCUUCCUCUACCCGCGCCCUGACCAACCCCCAUGGACCUAUUGCAGCAGCCUGGUUCUGCUCCGGGCAGACCCAACGGCCCGCCACGGCGGGGGCCCGGGCUUCAGGGUGGCCUUCCACGUGCACGGGGCCCCACAGCUUCCUGCCUUCACCUGGCCUCUGGGUGCCAGCCAGCCAGAACCAAAGUCACUGCGCCCAGAGCCCCAGCUGCCCGGCCUGCAGCCCUUCAGUUUCAAGGGAGGCCUGGAGCGAUCGGGGGACGGAAGUCUCUCUGCACCCUCAAGCCCAUCCAGCUCCCACUACAGCCGGGAGGGCUUCAGCCCUGAGCCAGGACCCUGGCAGCCUCAGGCCCAGGUCACUGAGGGCCCAGAGGACCCCCUGAAUACCUCCCAGAAUGUGGACUCUGUCAUCAGCCACUUGGCUCCCCCUAAUAAGGAGAUCAUCACAGUCACUCUCCAUGGGGCCACCAACCUACCCACCUGCAAGGAUGGCUCUGAGCCGUGGCCCUUUGUGGUAGUGAAAACCGCAUCGGAGGAAGGCAAGAACCAGAUCUCCAAGGCAGUCACAUCUGUGCCCAGGGAGCCCACCAGAGCCCCCAUCUGGGGGGACACUGUCAAAGUGGAGAUCCAAGCUGAGGAUGCGGGGCACGAAGAUGUGAUCCUCAAGGUGGCAGACAAUAAAAAGAAAGAGAAGCUGUUGUCCUUCCAAAUCCCCAUCAAGUACUUGCGUGUCCUCCACCCCUACCACUUUGAGCUGGUGAAAGUCUUUCUUUGGGGCAUCAAUGAGCCCCUGGCCAAUAACCCCAGCCCCAUGGUGGUCGUUGCCCGGGUGGUUCCCAACUACAAGGAGUUUCAGGUCAAUCAGGAGAACCAGGACCCGGCGUCCCUGGGGCUGCCUUUCACCCAGCUCUCCUUCCCUAUCCCCUCCGUGAUGAACUUCGAUGUCCCUCAGGUCAGCCGGAACGGGUGCCCUCAGCUGUCCAAGCCUGGGGGACCCCCUGAGCUGCCUCUGUGGAAUGAAUCCUUUCUCUUCCAUGGCCGAGACGGAGCCACCACCUUCUCAGGGGACACAGCCCUGGUGCUGGAGUAUUACCCCUCAUCUUCAACUGGUCCUUCCCCCACAGAACCCUGGACCCUCAAAAAGCCCCUCGGCAUCUCCGUGCUGCCACUAAAGAGCCACUUAUACCAAAAGAUGCUGACAGGGAAAGGCCUGAAUGGGCUGCGUGUGGAGAAGCUCCCCAUCACCAACACCAAGCUGAAAACCAUAAAUGGUGAGGCCCCCACAGUGGAUCUCUCCUUCCAGCUACUUUCCUCGGAGCCAGAGGAGGUGCUCUGCUUUUAA